AUGGUGCUCAUGGAGGGGCACGUGAUCGAGUCUUACGGGCCCUAUGGUUCCAAGCGUCUUCAAAACUAUUGCAUGCAACUUAGAGCUAAUGACCGUAUUAGUGAAGUAAGAGUAAUGCAUGGAUACAUUGUGAAUGCAAUUGAAUUUAUGAUAGCUAACCUACACACAGGUUCCACCAUUGUGAAGCUCGGUGGCAAUGGGCAAAAGGAAUCCAAGAUUGUACUCGAGGAUGUUGAAUUCAUAACAAGAAUUAGUGGAGCAUAUGGAUACGACAGAGACCGAAAGCAAGAAGGUAUUGCCGCAUUGAUGAUACACACUAAUUUAUGUCCGGUGGGAUAUGGACCAUAUGGAUUUGGUACCGAAGUUGAUGUACGUGAUUUUUCAUCUCCCCUCCUAAACGAUGGCCCUAUUGUUGGUGUAUUUGGAAGGCAUGACGACAAUCUCGAAUCGAUUGGAGUUCUCUUGAAAAAGGAUUUCCCACCAUCUUAGUUAUGAUAUUGAAGUUUAUGAUUUGCAACAAAAUUUAUGCCUCCGA